AUGGUUGAGCGCACCAGUAAGUUCGUGCUGGUGGUGGCGGGCUCGGCGUGCUUCAUGCUUAUCCUGUACCAGUACGCGGGCCCGGGGCUGAGCCUGGGCGCGCCCGGCGGACGCGCACCGCCCAACGACCUGGACCUCUUCCCCACCCCCGACCCACACUACGAGAAGAAGUACUACUUCCCUGUGCGCGAGCUCGAGCGCUCGAUGCGUUUCGACAUGAAGGGCGACGACGUGAUCGUCUUUCUACACAUCCAAAAGACAGGCGGCACCACGUUCGGUCGCCACCUUGUGCAGAACGUGCGCCUCGAGGUGCCCUGCGACUGCCGCCCGGGACAGAAGAAGUGCACCUGCUACCGGCCCAACCGCCGCGAAACCUGGCUCUUCUCCCGUUUCUCCACUGGCUGGAGCUGCGGGCUGCAUGCUGACUGGACCGAGCUCACCAACUGCGUUCCUGGCGUGCUAGACCGCCGCGACCCUGCUGCCCUGCGCACUCCCAGGAAGUUCUACUACAUCACCCUGCUACGGGAUCCCGUGUCUCGCUACCUGAGCGAAUGGCGGCACGUGCAGCGGGGCGCCACCUGGAAGACAUCACUGCAUAUGUGUGAUGGGCGUACACCCACACCUGAGGAGCUGCCACCCUGCUACGAGGGUACAGACUGGUCGGGUUGUACACUGCAGGAGUUUAUGGACUGCCCCUACAACUUGGCCAACAACCGCCAGGUGCGCAUGCUGGCUGACCUGAGCCUGGUAGGCUGCUAUAAUCUGUCCUUCAUCCCCGAAGGCAAGCGAGCCCAGCUGUUGCUCGAGAGUGCCAAGAAGAACCUGCGGGACAUGGCCUUUUUCGGCCUGACAGAGUUCCAGCGCAAGACUCAGUACCUGUUUGAGCGGACGUUCAACCUCAAGUUUAUCCGGCCCUUCAUGCAGUACAACAGCACACGGGCAGGUGGUGUGGAGGCAGGUGAGGACACCAUCCGCCGCAUUGAGGAACUCAAUGACUUAGACAUGCAGCUCUAUGACUACGCAAAGGACCUCUUCCAGCAGCGCUAUCAGUACAAGCGGCAGCUAGAGCGCCGGGAGCAGCGACUGCGGAGCCGUGAGGAACGCCUGCUGCACCGUGCCAAGGAGGCGCUGCCACGAGAGGAUGCCGAGGAACCAGGCCGUGUGCCCACUGAGGACUACAUGAGCCACAUUAUUGAGAAGUGGUAGUGGC